UAAUCGACACAAAAGAGUUAGACACGCACUUUUUAUACGUCGGUGUUGUUUGGGAUUUAACGGUGUUAUCGAUGCACGCGGAGCAGUUAGAUAUUAAUGUUAUCUUUUCACGACUCGUGACGUCGUCAACAACAGAUACAUGGCGAGUCAGCGAUAUAUGACAACGGUCAAUAAACUGCAAACCGCAGAUUUAGACGGUGUGUCUGAGUAGUUGUCGGUUUAUAUGUGCAUUUAGAUAAUCUGGAGUUUGGUGUUGUGACGCAGCUCUUCAUUUUGACAGUUAGCAUUGAAGCUAACGCAACGCUAGCCAUUGUUUAUCAACAGAGUGACUUUGAAUGAAUGGGGGGAGGGGAGGCUGCAGCAUCAUGUCCGGGCAUGUUAUGAACUCUUGUCUGCAUAUAAAACGUCUGUUUCCUCUUUGCAGGUAUCAUUUGACAUAAUUUUUUUUUUUUUUGCACACUGCUGCAAAAUCACUUUUCUUUUGUAAAACAUGGCAACUGACUGCGCAGCCUGGUUGAACGCAAACCCCGUCGAGGCAGAGGACCUGAGUGACUCCUUGGUAUCUGAAGAGGAAGACGAUACAAGAUCGGUUUUCAACAAAAACAUAAAAAAUGAGAUCAAUGGCACCUGGUUGUCCUUGUCUAGCAACAGCAUCCAUGAAGCACGUCUCAAGGCAAAGGCCAAGCGGAGGCUGAGAAAGAACUCGUCCAGGGACUCUGGCCGGGGGGACUCGCUCAGCGACACCGGGGACGCGGUCAGGGGAACCUCGGUGGCACCCGCCAGCCCGAAGAGCAAGCUGCUGGACAGGAAGUCCCGCCUGGGCAAGGGAAGAGGUCUACCAAAGAAGGGUGGGGCUGGAGGAAAAGGUGUGUGGGGCCGAUCUGGUGAAGUUUAUGAACAGGAGGCGGUAGAUCAGAAAGACCCCAACUAUGACGGCGCUCAGGAAAACUGUGUGUAUGAGACUAUGGUUCCUCCGCUGGAUGAGAGGGACUUUGAGAAUACAGUCACCCCCAUAGUGCAAGAGUACUUUGAACAUGGAGACGUAAAUGAAGUAGCGGAGCUGCUUGCAGAACUGAACCUGGGACCCAUGCGGAGCGAGGUUCCCUCGCUGGCUGUGUCACUGGCCCUGGAGGCCAAAGCCAGCCACCGGGAGCUCACCUCCAGGCUGCUGGCUGACCUGUGUGGGCCGGUGCUGUCCCGCAGCGACAUGGAAAGCUCCUUUGACAAACUGCUCCUAGAGCUGCCCAAUCUCAUCCUGGAUACACCCGGAGCCCCGCAGUUGGUGGGUCAGUUCAUUGCACGAGCUGUCAGCGACCAAAUAUUGUCCGAGAGCUACAUCGAGGCCUACAAAGGCAGAGUUGACUGUCAAUACACAAGAGUGUCACUGGACCGGGCGGCAGUGCUGCUGAAGAUGAGUAUGGAAGGCCUACGCAUAGACAACCAGUGGGGGACAGGCGGGGGACAGAGACCCGUCACGCAGCUCGUCAAAGAGAUGAACCUGCUGCUGAAGGAGUACAUCCUAUCCGGAGACAACAAGGAGGCUGAGAGGUGCCUGAGAGAUCUGGAAGUUCCCCAUUUCCACCACGAGUUUGUCUACAAGGCGAUAGUGAUGGUGUUGGAGUCCAAAGGAGAGAAAACAUUGAAAAUGGUUCUGCAGCUUCUCAAGUCGCUCUCUGCCUCCUCCGUCAUCACUCUGGACCAAAUGAGAAGGGGCUAUGAAAGAGUUUAUAUGGACAUUGCUGAAAUCAACAUUGAUGUCCCUCGGGCAUACUUCAUCCUGGAGCAAGUUGUUGAUAAGAGCUUCAGUACGGGAAUCAUUGAUGUGAAGUUAAGAGAUCUUUGUCCCUGUCGAGGCCGGAAGAGAUUCGUCAGCGAGGGAGAUGGUGGUGUUGUCAAAGUUGAAAGUUACUGAGACCUUUUUACGUGCCAGAUUUCCUGAUAAGAAAAGGAUAAAGCUACUUUUUUUACUUGUAUAUUUUUCAAAAAAAGUGAGGUACAUUUUUUUUUUUUCCCUUUUAACAGUCAAAAGAAUGUACAUUUCUCAAACUGAAGUCGGGUAAAAAAAACAACUGCACUUUUGUUUGAAACUGAAGUGGAUCACUUUCUUCAAGGUGUUUCAAUACAAACCCUUACAUAAGCUAACCCUUAAAGUGCCACGCCUUGCCGUGUGUCAUUUCAUUGUUUUGUACGGUAUUUUCUUGAUUUCACUGCCACUCGUGUGUUUUGUAGAAAGCAGUGUUUGUACAGAGAUGACUGGCUUGUGUCAAAAGAUUUAUAAAGAGGAAAUUUAAAAAAAAAAAAAACAGAAAGGGGAGCACGUUGGUUAAUUGAAAUAUUGGCCCCCUUACUAGCUGCCGUUUCUACGCUGUGCUGGCUUUUUUUCCCCCUUUUCUUUUUCCAUUUUAAAUUUCACAAAGAUGUCAUUAUUGAAGGUAUGAAGACAUGAGUAAAGUGCAAAAACAAAUACCAGUUGGAUAACUUCACAAAAUGGUGUUUUAGAAUGUUUAUUUUUAUAUCUGGGGAAUACUAGUGUGUAAAAUGUACCAUGUAUUGCUCCUUGUUUGUUCAUUAAAUCACUAUUAGAUAA